AUGGUGGUGGAAAGCAUCGACAAUGAUGAGGCUUCAUACGCUUCGCGCGGCCGACACGACCAGCCGAGCACCGCGUGCACCCUCGCCACCCGCCUGGCGAACGCUGCGCGAGCCAAUGCCCCUGCCGCAGUCACGAGGGCGGAGCGGGCGCGGCCAGCAGGCGGAGGCAGCAGGCGCUCGCUCGCCUGCAACUUCGAGGAGGCGAACGCAGGUGGCGGGAGAGCGACGAUGGCUCGCGCUUCAAGCACCCACAGCAUGUCGCUGUCCGAGCGGAGCGGAGCGGACGGGGCAAAUGCCCAGGCGGCACAGCCGCCCCAGAAGCGAGCGCCGAGGCCCCUCGUGCGGGACGCCACUCCGAUCCCUCGGCGCGCGAGCUACUGGGAGAAGGCGCGUGGCAGGCUGAGCGGCGGCGGCAGCCGGGCGAGCACGCGCGACGGCGGCCGCGGGGGCUUACCAGAGGAGGAGAGCGAGCGGGUCGAGGAGGGGCGAGGGCGCGAGCCGGCGGAGAAGCGCAAGAGCCUGCAGCAGCUCUUCAAGAGCGGCCUCGCCUUCAGCGGGGGGCAGCGGGGGAGUACGCGUCGCGACAGCGAGCCGAGCCCGUCUCGUCGGGGCAGCGACCGCCGGAGCAGCUCGGACAGCCGAGCCCAGGCGGAGCGCCGCUCGUCGGAGGACAAGAAGGGCGACGAGAUGCUCGCCGACUUUCUUGCGCGGAUGGCGCUGCAGAAGCGCGGAUGGCGCAACUUUGUCGUGCACCCAAACCACUGGAGCAUCAAGUACUGGAACCUCCUGCAGCUCGCGUGUGUCAUCUGGCUCUUCUUUGAGGUGACUCUCACGACCUCCUUCUUCGACUCACUGCCCGCGCUCGUCGACGCGACUUGCGGAGAUCCGGCCACCAUCUCGGUCGACGGCGGCACCCUCGACGCCGGGCUCGGGCCGGCGGACCUAAUCAACGCCUGUUUUGACGCGCUACUGCUCCUUCAUAUUGCGCUUAGCCUCCACCUCGGCUAUGUCGACUCCCAGAACAACAUGGUGAUGGUGCAGCGCGACAUCAAGCGGCAUUACCUGCGCUCGUGGCGCUUUGUGGCGCACAUUCUUGCCGCGCUCCCGCUCGACGUACUGCGGCUUGCGCCGCUCGAGUACGCGUGGCCAGCCGCCGUCGCGCAGGACUACGGCGAGGUCAUCGUCUCGCUGGCGCCGUGGCGCUGGACGCACUCUUUUUCUCGCGUGCUCAAGCUGGUGCGUGUCGCUGAGCUGCCCGGCCUGCUCAAGGUGGUGCAGACCGAGUGGCGGGUGCCGCCUCACUUCCGGAGGCUGUUUGCCCUGGCGCUCUUUAUGGCGGUGAUUGCCCAGAUAGCCGCCUGCACCUGGUUCCUGAUCGGCAAGCUGCUCUUCAUGCACGGCUCCACCCUAUUCUUCCCCGCGCUGAUGGAGCCGUUGCUCACCAACUCGAGCGGCCCCGCCGCCGUCCUCUACACGGGCAGCUCCGCACGCCGCACGAUGCAGUUCUUCGACUCGGUGUACUACACCCUCGGCCUGAUGACCGGGCUGUCCGACGGCGAGGAGCCUCAGACGUGGCUCGAGUCCCUCUUCACGGUCGUGGUGAUGUUUCUCGGCAUCGUCGUGUUUGCGGUCAUCAUCGGCAGCGUCUCCACCAUCGUCGACGAGAUCUCUGAGGCCGAGUCGCUAUUCCAGACGAAGCAGCUGUACGUGUGGCGGAUGCUGAAGCAGCACCGGCUGCCACCCGAGGUCGAGCGACGCGUGCUCAACUUUUACACCUACCGGUGGCGCAACCAUCAGGGCUUUGACGACCUCCGCGUGCUGCACACGCUGCCGUCGUCCCUGCGCACCGACGUAAUGAUGCAGCUGACGCGCGGCAUGGUGGAGAAGGUGCCCUUCUUCUUGGGCGCCGACGAGGGCUUUGUGCGCUCCCUGGUGGACCGGUUGCGGCCGCGCAUCGCCGCCGAGGGCGAGGUCAUCUUCACCACUGGCGAGAUGGGAGACGAGAUGUUUUUCGUCCACCGCGGCGAACUCGAUGUGCUCGUCGGCCAGCCACCGGUCAGGGUGGCCAAGCUGCGACACGGCGACUACUUUGGCGAGGGCCUGCUGAUAUCAAAGCCCCGCGGCAACACCGUCCAGGCGACCACGUUUUGCGACCUCUUCUCUCUCACCCGCACCGCCCUCGCUGAGAUCCUGCCGUACUACCCCGACACGACCGCGACACUGCGCGAGCUCGUGCGCGAGCGGAUCGACCAGGACCUGCGCAAAGGGCGCGAAGCAGAGCUGCUGCACAAGUACGGGAGACGGUGGCUCAAUCGCGUCCGGGAAUCCAUGGCGGCCGGCGCCGCCCAGCGCGCCCCACCGCCCUCCUUGGGUCGGAAGUUGAAGCGGGCGGGCACGCAUGUCCUCAAGCACGUCAACUCGAGCUCGAGCAUCCGCGUCGCGCCCAAGGCCCCGCAGCAGGUCGAGCGCUCAGAUACGGCCUCCACCAUCUCCUCUGUACCAUCCUCCGACUGCUCACCGCACGCCACGCCGCGUGACUGCACGGUGGUGGUCGAGGCCCCGGCGCCAAACCUGAGGCGCGGCGACACCAACGUCCGAUUUGCCGAGGCGGUCGAGGUCUUGAGCAGCCGCGCCGCGUCGCUGGUGGUUGACGAGGACGCCACAACUAAUCUCGUGCCCGUCCACGGCGAGGCCAAGAAGGCCGGACCGCGCGAGAGCUUUCGGGAGUGGAUGGGCUUUGUCCUGAGCCGUUCCGACAACCCGGAUGGCGGCAAGCCGACCUACUCGCUCGUGCUCCUGCCAGAUACAAGGGCGCGGCUGGCGUGGGUCACGCUGCUGUGGGCGGCCCUACUGUGGAACCUCACGACGUGGAUGUACGGGGUCGCUUUCCGGUUCCGAGGGUCGCCGUCCGCGGGCGCCUUUGCCUUGACGUAUCCGGCCUCGCUUACGGCCGUCAACGUCCUCGACCUUCUUGCAGACCUGGUCUACGUCAUCGACGUGCCCCUCAACCUGAGGCUGGCGUACGUCAACGACCAGGGUAUUCUGGUCAAGGACGCCCAGCUCAUCGGACACCGGUACCGCCACAGCCGCAGCUUCCGGCGUGCGAGCCUCGCGCUUGUGCCCGUGGACUGGGUCUGCCUCGGCGCCGGCGUGGCCCUCGGUGGAAACGCCGCCCUAUUCUUCUCGGCGGCGAUGGCGCGCGGCCUGAGGCUACUUAGGACGCUCGAGCUCUCGGCUCUGUCGUACGAGCUGUACCAGUUCGCUGCAGGGGCCUCGCCCAACUUCUCGCUCCGACGCAUCAUCUCCCUCGUCUGGUGGUUCUUCAUGUGCACGCAUGCGGUUGCAUGCACCGCUGGCUUCGUCGACUUUGCGAGUCCGAAUGUGAUGACAUACAGCCGCCACCUCUACCCGGCGGAUCGUUGCUUUGCCGACGGGGACGUGAGCCGCUCCGUGAUUGGCACCGAUGAUCUCGGCUGGGCCCUGUACCUGCGCGCCAUCUACUACGCGAUGGCCAAUUUGACGGGACUCGGCCGCGAUAUCAAGCCAGAGACGAUCGAGGAGCACGUCCUCACGCUCCUGCUCUCGAGCAACCUCGACGCUAGCGAGGUGCGCUUCCGGAAGACGCACUACUCGGUGAAGAGGUACAUGACGCACCAGCGGCUCACGCUCGACCUCCACUCGCGAGCCGAUCACUACUUCGAGUACCUCUGGGCGAAGACGCAGGGUGUCGAGAUUCAGGAGUCGAUCGAGGACUUGAACCCCUCGCUCCGAACCGAGGUGAUGUCGCACAUCUGCCGCGACGCCGUCAACAGCGUGCCGCUCUUCAAGGACCGCGGCGCCGACUUCAUCUCCUCCAUCGUGCAGGUCCUCUCCUUCCAGUCCUUCCCGCAGGGGGAGUGGCUCAUGCGCAAGCACACGAUCGGGAGCGCAAUGUACUUCAUCCUCAAGGGCAACGUCGACAUCAUCGUGAGCGAAGACCUCAUGUUUGUCACGGCCACGCUGGGCGUCGGCGACUUUGUCGGCGAGGGGGCGCUUCUCAAGGCGCAGGGCAAGUGCGGCGCGUCGGUGCGCGCGCGGACGUCGAUCGACACGAUGGUGCUCACCAAGGCGGGCUUCUCCAUCGUGCUGCAGCGGUUUCCAGACAUCCAGGAGUCCAUGCUCCAAAAGUGCAACGAGCGCAACAAGGAGAACAAGGCGGCAAACAAGGCGCUCGACCGGCGGCUCGACCAGAUCUCUGGCGUCCAGACGCAGGAGCUGGCCGACCUCAGCGCAGGAGCCAGCAGUGCAGUGCGCUUGCUCACCCGUGCGGCGCGCGUCGACGGCGACACUGCAACGGUCGCUCUCGUCGCUCUCGUCCUCGUCGUCGUCCGGCAGCAGCCUGAAGCGUGCCAACACGAGCCGGUUUGGGUCGCAGUCUAA